AUGGCUCAUCACUUCAAGGAAGAAGACAUUGAUGAAUUCAGAGAAUGUUUUUAUCUAUUUGCUAGAGAAGGAGUGAUUAAUAAACUAGAUGAACUCAGUGUAAUCAUGCGAUCUCUAGGAAUGAGUCCAACAAUAACUGAAUUAAAGAAAUACUUUUCAGAAAACAACGGUAAAUUACAUUUUCCAGAAUUUCUGAAAGUAAUGCACAAUCAUUGUCGUGUAGAAAAACUACCUAAUGAAAUUUUAGCAGCUUUUAAAGCUAAUGAUCGUCAACACGUUGGAACUAUUCAUAGUAAACAUCUCAAACAUCUAUUGCAAGGUUGGGGAGAACAUUUAAAUAGCAAAGAAGUUGAACAAAUUUUUCGAGAAGCCAAUGUCCAUCCAAAUGGCAAAGUUAACUAUGAUGAAUUCGUAAAAAUUGCUUGUGCACCAAUUCCUGAUUAUUACUAA